CUCCCUUUCAGUCGUAGCACAUCCUCCUUUAAAACAGGAAAAUCUCUACAAUCCGCAUCGACUCCAUACGCCAAACUCAUAAUCCAUAAUCCUCAUAAUGAAGUUCGCUGCCACCGCCGCCGCCGCCACCGUACUGGCCACCGGAGUCUCUGCCCAGGUCUCUUCGCCUAUUCAGCUCUUGCAGUACGCUUCCCGACUGCUUACCGCGGAAUGUCGUGAGGCGGUCACUGGGCUCGUUACCGGAUCGGAGUUGUCGCAGUGCUUGCAGGUCAACAAUCUCUUGCCCAUCCUCAACAACGUCAACACCUCGGUCAUCCCCAACAUCAACGACUACCUCACCGGCCUCUGCUCGGCCGACGCCUGUAACCAGACGACCAUCGACAAUGCUACCGAGACCGUCACUACCGCCUGUGCGACCGACCUGUCCAGGUUCGGAAUCAGCGAGGGUUUGGUAGAGUUUAUCAUGAACGCCUACCCUACUGCCAGGGAGGUCGCUUGUCUGUCUACCAACGACACCUCGCUCCUCAUGGCCAACGGAACCUCCAUGAUGUCCAACGCCUCUUCCUCUAUGAACUCUACCUCGAACAUGACCACUUUCUGCCCUACCGCCCUCCUCUACAAGGCCCAGGACUACCUCGGCGUCAACCUCACCAACAACUACAUCGACUCUCUCAUCCUCGGUGCCAACGCUACCGCUUACCAGGAGAUCCUCGCUAUUCCCCACAACGGAUCCGUCAUCGCCGACUUUGGAUGCAACGACUGUGUCGCCGCCGGGUUGGAGAUCGUCAUCAGGGAUUACCCUCAGUUGGAGAACUUGACCUUCAACUUGAACGUUUCGGACGUCGAGGAGUACACCAACUAUAACUUGACCGGGUUGAACCAGACCGAGAGGGACAACACCACUUGGACCGUUGCCAGGCUUUACGAAGGGUUCUGUGAUGUCGACGUUCUUGCUAACUCGUCGCUCCCCGCUUCGAUCAACUCGACCGCUUACAACUCGACCGAGGAAUCCACCACCUCGUCCAUGAUGUCUUCGAUGAUGAUGUCUUCCACCUCGGGCUCUACCGCCACCGGAGCUGUCGCUUCGGCCACCUCUGCCGUCCGAUCAUCAGCUAGCAGCGCCGUUGCUUCGGCCACCUCGCUCCCUGCUCCUGUCGCUUCUGCCACCUCGGCCGUCGCUUCGGUCCUCCCCGUCCCCUCGCAGGUCAUCUCGGCUGUCGGUGGAGCCCCUUCGGUCCCUGCCACGCCCACCAAGCGAUGGGUCAAGUGGGAGUAGACUUUUCCGUCUACUUUCCCCCCCCUCCUUCCAGCAAAACGAUUCUUGUCAGGCUAAUUGACGGUUGAGCAAACUCACCAGGACGACCAGGAUAGCUCUCGUACUAGGACCUGCUACUGCUUGCUUGCCUCACAUAUAUAAUACAUCUCAUAUUUAGAUUUCU